AAUAAUAAGCUUUUUCAAUGAAUCGCAGCAGUAAAUGCUUAGCACUGUUUAUUUUUAUAAUUGCCUGAUAAGCACCCAGGACUCACUUUAUAAAAAUAAAGCCAAAUUUGAUGUGCUCGGACAUUAAACUAAACGCCAUGAGUUACGUAAAUCUCACAACUUUAGCAGACCAUAAACGACAAGAAAUGGAAGAUAGAAUUCACAUGUUUACAGCAAAAUGUGACAACACCAUUAAGAAUUUGGAAUAUUUGAAAAAACGGGCUCAAGGAUUAAUGACACAACUAAACUGUGAUCACAUGGAGCUGAAAGAUCGUUUUUUAAAUAGUGUUAAGACCUUGGAAGAAUAUUCAUAUUUAAUAAAUGAUAUUAAUAUAGCUGUAGAAGAAUUAGUUAAUCCCGCUAAUCGGGCUGGUCAUCCAGGUUUUGGUUUGGUAAAUAUGUUACCUCCAUCAAUCUCACCAUUCAAUAUAGCAGAUACAUUGUCUCAACCUGUUCCAUCAACUUCAAAAACUUGUUUACAUCCUCAAGACUGGUCCAAGAAAAAAAACAUACCAAAAGACCAGCCUUUAAUUUCAUUUUCUACCGAGUCUUUGGGAGAAAUAAUACCAUCUGAAGAUAAACAAUGUGAUAGUCAGACUAUUACAGAAGGUGUAAAAAAUAUUACUUUUGCAGAUGCUGGAAAUGUGACAUUGCCUGCACAAACAGUGUUGCAAUUGGAUUAUGAAUACCCCGCUGUAUUAUUACAUGUUGAUGGAACAUCCUUUUGGGUGACUACUGAAAAUAUUGAUGAAGCAUUUCAAUUAAUGACAGACAUGACAGAGUACUAUAAGAAGUGCAAGGUACAAUUUUCACUCAACCAAUUGGUGCCUCUGUCAUGUUGUGCUGUGUAUGAGGAAUCGGAUUCAUAUACCAGAGGACUCUUCAUACAACUCAGUGAAGAGGACAUCCGUUCUGCCCAAGUGCAUCUAGUAGACUAUGGGGAAACAAGAUUAGUGCCGACCUGUUGGCUUCAGCCGCUGAUGCCUCAAUUCUGUGGCUUGCCACCAUUUGCCCGAUAUUGUCAUCUAGCUGGGGUGGAGAUAGAUUAUGAAGAUGCAGUGGCGGUUCGAAAGGUUGAAAAAAUUAUGAAAAUGCAUCUUGGAAGGAAUUGCACAAUCUACGUUGACGAUAACAAUUCCGAAUCCCUAGGCGUUUACGUACUUUUGGAAAAUGGAGAAAAAAUUAACGACAUGGUCCUUAAAGCAAUUUCAGAUAAAACAAAUAAUAGCCAAGGACCGGAUACUCCGGAAGGAUUUCCAGGUCUUACGGAAGAGAACUGUGACAUAACACAAAUACCGGAAUACGAAGAUCCAGUGAUCGCUGUUACGGGUUACCAUAACCGAGAUGAAGCGGACAUUUGCAAGCAUUACAAAGGAGGCCCCGAAAAGACGUGUUUCAAGGGGAAACGCUGCACUAAGAAACACGUUGUGAAGCACCCAGAUGGCUGGACGUUGGACCGUGUCUUCGUACCGGCGAAGCUAAAAUCCCUGCCCUUGCCUGCCGCCGGAAGCUUUGUACGAGUGCUCGUAUCCCAUGUACCGCAUUUUAAUCAUUUCUUCGUACAAAUGAUAAACGACACUAAAGAUAUAACGGAAAAAGAGUUCCAACCGCUCACUUCAUUGUCAGCUCUUGUACAGGACAUGAACAGUGCAGCUACCAUAUCCUCAUAUAGACCACUUAAGAUGAUACCGGCCCCGGGAGAAUUGGUAGCUUCUUUAUAUCCCAUGGAUGGAAAAUGGUACCGCGCGAAGGUACUUACUUCUACUAAAGCUGAUCGAAAAGUCGAGAUAAAAUACGUGGACUACGGAAACGUUAUAUGGGUGGACGAAGAUUUAUUGCGGGAACUUCAACCCCGAUUUUGCGUUUUGCCAACUCAGGCUAUUCUAUGUAUUUUGGCUGGCAUUACUUUGAGAAAUCAGGCUGCCACCAAUCUCAUAGCUGGAAGAAAUGCGCUCAUCGCUCUAAUACAGGACAAGAGGUUCGAUGCAGAAGUUAUCGCCACUGAUUACGAUAGCAUAACAGUCGUUUUAUACGAUGAGAAGGGCAACAACAUUGCCGACCUUUUAGCCCUACAAAAAGUUGUUGAACGCCAGGAAUACACAAUUGACUACAAAUUAACUGACGGCCGACGAUACGUUAUAAUUCCUUCUUAGAUUUACGGACAACGUUUUCCAAUUAAAUUAUUAAAUAGUUUGGGAUAACAAACAUAUUACUUGUAUUGGAAUAAAAACAAAUAUUUUAUUUUUGUUAAAAUACAUCAAACUUGUAGCUCCGCCGUGUUCUUGCGAUCUCGCCCAAACUUUUUUUGUGUUGCUCAUUUAAUUCAAAUAAUCGAGAUCUUAACAGAUGUGAUCGUAUGUUAAGUCAAAAUCUCGGCUUAGUUGUCAAACUUUGACAGUCGUUAAAACUGGAUUUGAGUUUGACUGAUGUUCUAAAAUACCGAAGUAUGUCAUACGAAAAAUGUAUAAAGGUAUACUAAAAUAGCGUUAUUGAUGUCGUUUAAACUUCAUCGUACUAAUUACAGUAUUUUUCCUUCAAGUUAAUUUAGUGGCAGUAUGCAAUCAAAAUCGCAAACAUAACGUUAAUCACAUACGCAUAAAUAAAUUAGUAUGUAAUCUGUGGCGUAAUGUGUGAUUUUCCUAUUUUAUAACUUUGUCAAAGACACUAUACAGCUAUUGUUUUUUUUUUUUUUAAUUUGUUGUAAGUACUUAUUUUGCUGUUGCGGCUGUGAUAAUGUAAUCGGUUUAUAUGAGUGAAUAUUAUGGUCGUUGACAAAAUGUAUGAGAGUUAUUCCAGCAUAGUGCUUUUAAGCUGAACAUAUUUUUAAUUUUUACUAUGUUGAUAACAAAAUACUUUUUAUGAUAUAAUUGCUAUUUUUUACUGUUCUGUUUUAAGAGUAAUGUCAGUAUAACCAACCGAAAUGGUGCGUCUAUGCACGUCUAGCUAUUAAUAAAUGUUUUAAGCUUAACGUAAUUUUAUGAAUAAUUUAAAAAAAUCUACUUAAUAAAUAUUUUACUAGUUGCUAAUCAAAAAACCACCUAUAGUACAGUAAAAGACCUCACAUUUAUAGUUUUAAAAAAUCCUUUUUUUAUGAGACUGGCAACUAUCUAUGAGAGUAUAAUCAUUUUUUUAAAGGAGUAUUUUAAGUUUAUAAUUUUAAAUUAGUGUAAGUCUGAUUUUUUUCAUAUAAUCACUAGACGCUAUAAUGUUGAAUAUAUAUCUGUUUUCGUUUGAGAAGUCUGUCAAUCAGUGGAACAGAUGCAGAAAUGUGUCUGCCCCAUGCCUUUGACUUUAGAGUCAAAGUUUCUAAUGCAUUUAAAAAAAAAUAAGCUAAUUGAAUAUUUGUAAUCGACUUUGUUCUCUUAGCUUCAAUCAAUUUUUGUCAUUAUUUGUCAUUAGCGUUAACACGAAAUUUAUAUAAAAUCUCUAAUAAAUUAUAAGACACUUUUAUGACAUUAGAUACGUAAGAUUUCGAAUACUAAGCUAAAUAUUCACUUAUUGGAUAAAGAAAAAUGAGUUACUCAAUGAAUCAAAUCAGUGUAGUUAAACAUAUUUAUACCUUUAUUUUGUACCUUUUUUCGUUUCCCUUUUAAGAAUAAUAUAAUAUUAAGCCGAAUAGUUGCUAUUGGCUAGAUAUAUAUCUGCAGAAGUUUUUAUUUCCUAAAAUUGUGUGUGCAAAGUUGUCCCACCAUUUGUCAAAUUAUUUACACUUGUUUUUUGUAUUUAUUACAAUAAAAUUGUAACCUUUUUCAUUGUAUAAGCGAAAGUUUAGAACAAAAUAUGUUAAAGAAAUGCUAUAGAAAGUAGUUCUGUAUUGGUAAAAGUGUUGCCAUAAUAAAAACA